AUGGGCCUGCAGCGACCGCUGAUCUUGACGAUCCCCUGCGCAACAACGCCUUCCUUGUACAUGCACAUCGGUGAUGGUAAAGGUGAUGGCGAUGGCAGUGGGGCUGGUAUAACCGGGGAAGAUGAUGAUGCUCUCAAGUGGCACGCCCCUGGUGUCUGUAUCUCACCAUGCCGCAGUGCAUGGCCUGGUCGAUCGAGUGGUGCGGAUGAUGCUGGGCAGUGGCGGACGAGGAAAGCAACCACAGCAACUACCACAGAAACAAAGUUGGUUCCGUCGUUGGCGCCGGCCAUCCUCGACACAUUCUCAAAUCUCAAUGUGGCGCCGGUACGCCUGUGCCAGAUCUGCGACCACGUGUUGAGCCAGCUUGGAUCAUACAGUACAGCGUGCCUCCCAAUCGUCAUCAAGUUUCGCAUGCAGCAAGGUGGUGGCGGUACUGUUGAGGGCGGCGAGGAGUGGGAGAUGAUGCCACAGUGGCGGGCUGGCAUUCUGAUGCACACAUUGCAAAGGCGUGGCUGCGGCCAACUCAAGACGACCAUGGCCCAGCCAAUCACCGCCCUCGAUCUGCUUGUGCUGUUGCUGCUUUACCAAGCACCAGAACGCCCACCGCCGCGGCGCAGAGACCACCGUGAUCAAGCUUGCAAGCACGGGCCGGCUCAUCGCCGCCAUGGCCGCUGCCACGUUUGCCAGACACACGCGCGCGUUCUUGAUGUGCUUCAAGUCGAAUGUGCACAUGGCGGACCUCCUGAACCGGCGGCAAAAGGCCGCGUGCUCGCCACCUCGCCUCCACAGCAGGAGGUGGUUGGGGCGCUAGUGGCGCACAUUGGCACGGGGGCAAGCACAGGAGGUGGAUGCAGCCGUGUCUGUGCUGCUAUGUCGCUGGCCACAGACCACCCGAAGCUGCUGCACCCGUUUGCGCUCAUGUUGAACGGCAUCCUGGACUGCCUGGGCAACCUGCACUUCAUCCACCUCUGGCAGCUCUUCCGUGUCCUGACCACGCUCACGUUUGACCGCCAGCGCACCGCAGCCGCAGGCCUCAGAGGAAGAUGGUGUCUGUCUCAAUCGAAUGAUGAGCUGAAACGCAUCGGCACCAUCGCCGCCACCACCAUCACCCACACCUGGCUCGCUCUUGCCAACGACGCAGGCAUCUCCAUCGACGGCGACCAUCUCUCCUCGGUUCUGCAGGUAUUACACCUCAUCUAUGUCGACAAGUGGACGGGUGCGCCCCACACGCGGGAGGUGUGCUCCAACUUCUCACCUGAGUACACGCGCGCGCGCGAGGUGGGCAAGGACACGCACGUGGUCGUCAACGAGAAGACGCGGCAGGCACCGUUCGAGACGAAGCUGCAGCUGCUGGCGGGGAUUGCCGUCGUGUUCGCGGGCACUGUGCGCAGCAAGACUGACGCGGAGACAAGAUUGCGAAAGCACGCUGCCGGGACGCGGACCUCUUCACGUUCCUGA